UGACCAUCUACCGGAAGUCUUUCAUAAACAACCGGAGUAAAGCGCAACCCUGUUGGCAAGGGUGCACAGAAGACAACUAAAUCCUUCCCCUUACCUGUAAAUAUGAAUAAAAUGGUCGGGGCGUUGCGGAGGACGUUCGGCGUGGUACGGGAACACGUCGGCACGGACCACCUGGGGAAUAAAUAUUACAUUAUCCCCGAACAGAAGACAUGGACAGGGAGACUCGUCCGUGCCAAGAGGAUGGUGGAGGCCUCAAAUCCCGCAGAGUACGAAUAUACGGAAGGCAGCAUACCAAUCGAGUGGGACGCUUGGAUUCGAGGCAGACGGAAGGAGGCUCCCUCUGUAGAGGAGCUGAUGAAGAACGAGGCCUACAGGGAGCAGAUCAAGCUGAAGGCCAGGGAAGUGGAGGAGAAAGACUUGGCCCUGAGAACGAAGGAAUAUGAUGAAGGCCUGGUGGCGAUUCCAUCCAGGACUGUGGCUGCGGGCCAUGCGGCCGCUACCAGCUUUGGCAAGGAGGAGCUCAGCAAGGAGCCCACUAGCACCGCCAACACCUUCCAGCCAGGCUCCUGGCGUCCUAAUCCCAAACAGGAAGCCUGAAGAGACGGUGUUAUGGACUUAGACCACUUGGCAGUAGAAUGCAAUCUCACAGAAAGAAAGGCUGACUGUUUUCAUUCAGCUCUUGUAUCAGAGCUCUUUCAUUAUGCUGCUAAUGAAGUGGCAGGUAAGUGCAAUUAAUUUGGUGUCAAUAAGCAAUACAAACAUUAUUUGCAUCCUGUUUGAAGAAAGUUGUACAUCCAGAAAUUAGGAAGCUGUGUUUUAUGAUGCUAUUAAACGUUACACAAGCAA